AAGAAUAAAAUAAAUAUGACACGACACUCUUAUCCAUUAUUGUGGUGCGAUUAGUUAUCGAUUCUAUACUUUCAUAACUCUAUGCGACCAUGGCACGCUAGUUUUAUACCAAAAUCAGUUACUAACUUCGUGGUUGCUUCGGGUGCGGGGCAAACAACAUUCAAUCUAUUUCUUAACAUUUCUUAUCUUUCUUCUAUAAAUAAUGGACCAAGAUGAAGACCUAGAUAAAAGUAAAAGUAACAGAAAACCACGUAAAAUAAUGAAAAUUAAUCCUUCCAAGUUUGAAGCAGCUGAAGCUAUAAACACAAACCGAAAAUAUUGGAGAAGCGUCUUUAAUGAAAUAGAAGCUAAUGCUUCUGACGCUAUUCAGGAAAGCAAAAGUAUCUCAAAAGUUCUUCCUAAUAAUCUAUAUCAAAAAGUUUGCAUCACUUUAAAUAUGCCUGUGGCCUUUAAUAGUGAAGAUGAAGCCGCGAUCAGAUCCAAAGGUUUGUUUUCAUUUUCAAAUUAUAUAUAAUGUUUAAAUAUGCACAGUCUUAUAAUAAGCAGUAUUUAGCGUUAUCAAAUGUUAUUAAAUCCUAUCAAAUAUAAAAAGUUAUUGUUAAUUGAUUUUUAGGGAAACCUGCAAGGAGACAAGUGAAAGAACCCAUGUUGUCUUACAGAAAAUGUUUGUAUAUUAAUCGCGAAUUAGAAUCGGAUACUGACGUAGAAUUUGAACCGAGCGAUGAUGAUGAUGAUAAUGAAGGUGAUGAAAGCGCUAAUAUUCAUAUGCAACUUUUGAGCAAACCAGAGCGGGAACAGGUAACUUGGCCCUCGCAUUAUCUGCAGCCUGAGAAAGAGGAAGACAAAACACUUAUAAGGAAAGCUGAUGACCUCACAGACAAGAUUGCAACUGAGUUUUGCAAAUACAUGAAAGAGUUGGGCGGUAACCAACAGUCGCAGCUGUUCACGCCGAAAGCUAUCAAGGAACUAUUUCAAAUCGAAUUCGAUACGCAUGUGGCAAGAGGUAUCAGUGUGGUGCCAAAAGAACUGCCGUGUGUUGAGGAUAGAAUAGCUGAAAUGUCCGGUUUCCCAGAGAAAGCCAAAUUAGCAGCAUUGGAACGAGAGAUAACACGGGAUAUUAUAGCUGAGAAACGUCCCGAUAAAAUACUAGCGUUUGGUAAAAGCCUUCCGCUUGGGGAUCGAUGGCGAGCUCCCAAGAAUGAUACCAAGGAGUUGUGGCGAUCAGCCCGACAUGUUCCUAGAGACCUGGUCACCCUAAAGACUGUAUGGGAAGGCAUCACCAACUUAAGAAGCGUGAAGGAAUACUGCCGCUGGAUGAUAGACCAUCCUGAGCACAGGCGUGCUCCAUACUUGACUAGUCUGGGCAUGUUCGACCCAGCUGUACUGGAGGCGCGGCUCACCUUCGAAGCGUCAUCGUCCCCGCCUCCUCAAGCUUCACCAGACGUAGCCCCAGCGCCUAUAGAUGACAUAAGAAGACGUUUAUCAGAACUGGCUGACGCCAAUUAAACAUUCUGAAAUUUAAUAAACAAAAUUAAUUAAUACAUUUGAAUAAUCAUAAAGAAAUUACUACUAUUGCCCAAGAUGGUAUUCGUUUUAUAACUAGAUAGUUUUUUAAAUAAUAUUUAUAUGAGAUAUAUACGAAAAUAGAGAUAAAAGUGGAAGAGAAGACAUUACACUGUUCGCUGCCUUAUUUUUUAAAUGUUUUAUUAUGUC